ACUGCUGUCUGCGACAAAACGUAGAGUAAGCUCUUAGUACACCAUCAGCUGAUGCUACACCUUUUCAGCACCGCGGACAGCUCCGUUCUGCACGCCGAGCGGAUGGAGACGGUUAUAAAAAGCCCGCAUGGAGCGUCUCUGCACCGGACAUUCACCACGACAGCCUGAGUCACAGCAUGGCUAACAGAUUCCUCUUUCAGCACACAAAUACUCAAGAUGAGUAUUUACAGUACAAGCCAAAACGUUCGGCAUUAGAUGCCAGCGUCGUGUCCACGGGCAUGAAUUUGACUAAAUCUGGGAAGUUUAAUGAGAAAGAAUUGAUGCAUGGCUUGAACGAUCGUCUUGCCGGAUUCAUAGAAAAGGUGCACCAUCUGGAGUACCAGAAUCAACUGCUGGAGAGAGAAAUCGGGGAAAUCAGAGGUAAAGCGAAACCCGCAUCUGGUCUGGAGAAAGAGUAUGGACCAGAGCUCAGGACACUGAGACAGCUGGUUCAGGAUAUUACUCAUCAGAAGCAUCAGAUUGAAAUCGAACAUCAGAAAUUAGAGGAAGAAGUGUCCAACCUGAGAAGACAACAUGAACAGGAAAAGCGUAGCAGAUCGGAUGCAGAGAGCAACAUUGUGCUCCUCAACAAGGACAUUAAUGACGCGUAUCAGGCUAAACUACAGCUGGACAAAAAAGCACAGGCUCUCGUGGAUGAAAUCCACUUCCUGAAGAGAAACCAUGAGGCCGAGGUGUCAGAGUUGUCUGACCAAAUCCAGGGUGCGCAGGUGACUGUCAAGGCGCAUGAAUUUGGCAACGCUAGCGUCACUGCGGCACUGCGGGACAUCAGGGCACAACUGGAAGGCCACACCGUGUCCGACGUCCAGCAAAUGGGAGAAACUUUCCGAUCCCAGUUUGCAAAAUUAACGGAGGCAGCUGAGAGCAAGCGAGCGGCGUUAAAAUCGACCCAGCAAGAAAUCCAGGAGCACAGGAGGCGCCUGCAGGCCAAGACCAUCGAACUGGACUGCGCUAAAGGCACAAGGGAAGCGCUGGAGAAGCAACUACAUGACGUUGAGGAUCGACACAAGGAAGAAAUGAUUCAUUACCAGAACACAAUCAAAGAACUUGAAAAUGAGCUCAUAAAUUGCAAAUUUGAUAUGUCUGGUUACCUGCGGGAAUACCAGGACCUGUUAAAUGUGAAGAUGGCUUUGGAUGUAGAGAUACUGUCUUACAGGAAACUUCUCUGCGGUGAGGAGGCUCGGCUAUCUGGAAUGCCAGACAGCCACGUCUCCCUGCCCUACAUCUACCACCAGUCCCCCGUUUACACCCUGCCCUACCUCAGCCGCCCGGGAGGCUCACACAGACGAGCUGAGCCCCAGUACAAGUUCGUAGAGGAGAUCAUAACGGAGACCACCAGGGAAAUUGAGAUGUCAGAGUUUGAAGAAACAGGAUCGGAGGAAACAGAGGUGGAAAAAGAUGAGCGGGAGUGUGCCAAAAGAGAUAAAGGGGACAGUGAGGAAGAGAACGAUAAUAAAGACAGUCGAGAGGACAAAGGUGAACAGAUGUCUGAUAGUGAGCAGAAUCAAGUAGCAUCAAUAGGAAAUUUAGUGAACGGAGGUGAUGGUGGCAGUCAUGGUGAGGUGGAUGAUGGUGAAGAAGAACAAAAAGGCAAAGGAGAGUCAGAGGAGGCUGAAGCAGCUGGCAAUGAAAGGGACCGUGACAUAGACAGAAUUACUCAAAGCAAACUUUUAUUGAGUGAGAACCUUGAUGAGGAAGGAAAUGGACAUCAAAAAGUAGCUGAAAACAUAAAAGAAGAUAAAGAAGCUCCAGUGAUGGUAACAGUUGAGAAGGAUCUAUCUUCAAAACCAGAUAAGUUAAAGCCAGAGGUCACUGUGGAGGAUGAACUUUUAAAAAAAUCAGAUAAAGGUAAAAACGGAGAUGCUGACAAAGCUAGUUUUAUCUCAGCUGAAGUGAUAAAGCCUGUUGACGAGACCUCGACCCAAGUGUCUAAAGUAUCAGCCAAAACUCAAGAGAUAAGCGGUGUUCAAGUACAAGGCAAAGUUCCUGCUUUAGAAAUUACUAAUUUUACAGGAGAAACAAAAUCCACUCUGUCUGUAGAGACAGACAAGCUUUCAGAAAAGGCUCAAGUGGCACUCAAGAGUGAGGAAAAGGAGGAGAACAGUCAUAAAGAGCCAAAGCGAAUCUUUAAAACUGAAGCUGCAAAAGAUGAGGAUAAAGUAGCAAAAGGCAUCCAAGAUGCCAGACAUGAUAGCAAUACAGGUCAAGGCAAAGCGUCUGUCCAAACUGUCUUACCAAAGGAAGAGACAACUGUCAAUGCAGAGAUCAAAGAGUUGCAUCAGGGGCCAUCACAAGGAAGCCAGGAUCAGAAAUCAAAGCUGUCUGAAGUUUCAUAGAAAAUAAAGGAUCCUUAAAGUAAAACUGAGAAGGUGGAGAGCAGUGAGUCAGGGAAGUGCAGUAAAAGCCAAACAGAGGGAAUAUCUGCUGAGGUAUAGGAAGCAAGGAUAAGACAUGUCCACCUUAAAUUUAAUGAGACAGCAGUUGAAUUGCAUUUACAUAAAUACACAUAUCAGGGAUCGUGAAGCUGAAAAUAGUAAAUGGCUUAACUAAUGCAGAUGCAAAUUCAAAGCAUAAACUGAGCCAAGCAAAGAGAAGGAAGCUAAUUUCUCUUCAGAAUGUGCAUUUGAAAAGGAGAGAGCAUGAUUCUUUUCAUGUUCGCAAACUGCUUUGCCUUUGAUUGUUUGACUUCUACAUUUAACUCAUGUAAUCAUGGAUGCGGUUCAAAUUGUUACUUUGCAAUUGUUUUUGCCUUGGUAUAUGAUGACAAAUAAAUGCAAUAGCCAAAAGAAA